AUUUGGAUGGAGCAACGGCUACGUGUAAGGAACUGUCACCCGGCGGCGGCCGGGGCUCCUGUCUCGACCGCCGGCCGCUGCGCAGCGCUACUGUCGCUACGGCGACUCGCCGCGGGGCUGGCGGCCGGGCGCUUACGGGCGCUCGCGCCGCCCUGCGCUUUCCACGGCCCUAGGUCCUUAACCGUUCAACGUAGCUGGGUGGGACCCAAGUACUUUAUUGUAGAGCAAGGUUCAAGCUUUCCGACGCUAUAAAAGUUUGUUCGAUACGAUCAAUACAGCCUGAACAGGAGCCAAGGAAAAAUCGCCGGCUCACGCGCACCGGCCGCCCGGGCCGACGCGCGCGGCUUUCCUCGGCUCUAUCUCUUAAACCAUAGGAAAUAGAGGGUAGGUCAAAGCGGGGCGAAUGUAGCCCAAAGUUCAAGCUUUCCAACGGUAUAAGUGUUUGUUCGAUCCGACGGACGCAGCUCAGUGGAGAGACCCUCAAAGUUCGCCGGGACGACUGACCGCGCCGGGCCAUGGUCGUCCUCGGGCUCGGCUGGGCUCGGCUCGCCGUCGGGCUCGGACCGAAUGGUCGACGGUAUAGACGUAAUAUCAAGGUUUUAAGAAGAUUCUGUUCAAUGUCAUGUUAUGAAAACCACUUCAGCGCCAGGAAUAGUUUUUAAUUCACAUUAAUUUUACAUUAAAAUGCUUGUUUGUCAGUGUUACACAAAGACUACUCCGAUGAACCCGCCGUCCCAUUCAAAUUUGCACUGGUUUCGCGGCUAAAUCCCUUGCGUUAAAAUUAACAAAAUUUAGAAACUAUCGUCGAAAAGGCCUAACUUUUCGAGAGAAAACCAAAACAAAAGCCGUGAUAACCCUUCAGACCAUCACAGUUGACUUAUGGCCAGACAAAAUGCCUUAUUGUUUUGUACCAGAUUGUAAAGGAGGGUCCAAGGCCCAACUUCAGUAUUAUGAGGACAACAAUUUACCCAAGUUACAUUUCUUUCAAGCUCCUAAUGAGGUAACAUAGAUCCUUGUAAGCCUUUGUACAAUGCCUGCUGACUGAGAACAAUGGCUUACAUCAGGAGAUCUUUACUAAAAGCUUCAAAAUAAUUUUUCUUGUGGCACAUGAAAAUAAUGACCCGGCCUAAUCCUUGUCUAAUCACUAUGUAAAUUAAUUAAUUCAUCUAAAUUCUAGUCAUGAAGUCCUUUGUUCGGAUUUAUUAAGGUUGUGCUUGGCCUUUUGUUUCACUCUUUUGCCAACUUGUACAGAUCUCCUGAAAGGAUAGUAGUCGUAUUACAUGUUUGAUUAGACCAAAAAUAGAUACAGUACAUAGUGAUUUUAAGUACAUUCCCUGAGUACAUACCUGGGUUUGAUUGGUUUGAUUUAGAAACAAAAAGUGACAGCAAACUUGUAAUAAUUUACACAACUUGCUUUAAAAUUGUACUGACUAUUUUGGGCCGAAGUAAGUCACAGACAGUCCAAUAAAAUUAUAGGGGUAGAAAACGUGGACAUCAAUUAAGUCAGCUAGUUUCUGCACUAUAUUUCAUUCAAAUUCUGAAACAAAACUACACUUUAUUUGCAGGAGGCUAGAAUAAAAUGGUCUCAUAUAAUUAAGAGAGAAGAGACAGUUUGCAAAGGAAAUAAAAAAGCAAAGCAACUUAAGUAUCUGAAAAAAACUGACAGGGUUUGCUCUGAACAUAUUCCUGAAGAGUACUUAAUUUUGUAUGAUGAAGUUAAGAUUAAUGGAAAUGUGGUUCGCUCACCAAGAGAAAGAGCGGGACUCAGACCUGGUGCUAUGCCAGUCUUGCUGGACAAAUAUCCCCCAUAUUACCAGCCUAAGAUCACUCACAGAAAGCCUCCAGCUGAACGUUCUGAUCUGGGACCUGCUGCCAAAAAAGAAAAAAAAGAUAUCUUAGACACUCAAGAUACAAGAACCAUUCCAGAUUCCAUUCCAGAAAACCACCACACUGACAUACAGGAUACUGACCAAAUAGAAGAAGUCCAACCAGCAAACAACAGUGACAGUGAAAUUUCCAGAAGCACCUCAGAGACCUGGUCAUGUUGUUUAGUUACAAAGCUGCAAUUGCCCAUUAACUGGGUUUGUUGCAACACCCUGAAUGAAAAAGAGAAAUUUGUAGCACACAUUGAUCCAAAAACAAGAGUAACCGAUAAAACAAUUAAUUUUAUAGGCACAAAUUUACCUGAAAUUGAAGUAAGGGGAGUCCCUAUAACUUUUGUGAAUCUUCCACCAAAAAUUUGCUCAAUCAAAGAUGCUGAAAAAAUAGUCAAUAAAGUUGACCUUAUUAGAGUAUGUGCUGGAACUGGAAUAGUUAGAAAACCAUACAGUGAAGGUUGCGAGGGAGGUGUCAUGAGUAAGCAUCAAGUACGAUGCAAGUUCUGUGCAGCUGAAAAAGAGCGCCAGAGAAAAAUUGAACAACGAAGGGAUAAAGCAGAGGAAAGGAAGGAAAGAAAAAAAAUAAAAAUGAAGAACACUGUACGUUCCUUGAAAAGGUCAAAACUAAAUCUAUUGGAAAAGGUUCGAAAGUACAAGGUCAGAUUGCAAAAUAUGCAAGCUGAGUGUGAGAAGAAAAAUGAGGAUGUACUUCAGAGUGCUAUAUCUAAGUUACCUCCAGCCCAACAAGAAGCUGUGAAAGCAUGUUUUAAUGCCUCCAAACGCAAGGGGCCAUCCGGGAAUAGGUACACUGCCCAAUGGGUGUAUGAAUGCCUGCUGAUGCGUAACAAGGAUAAAAAAUUAUACAACCAUAUAAGGGUGCACCAGAUUUUAGCUCUCCCAACUCUUUCCACAAUUAAUGGCUACCUCAGAAAUUACGGUGGCUGUUUUGGGUUCCAGCCUCAAACACUCCAAAUGUUGGCAGAAAAAACAGCAGACCUGAAAACCAGACAAAGGCGUGGUCAAGACGUAAAGAAACGGAAGAAUAAAUAA